AUGUCUUUGACUCCCCCACCUGGGAUUGACCUGCACGCCGACAAAGGUUCAAGAGUGACAUCCUCUGGCAUAGCUCUGAUAAUAUUGCCCACUUUGUUCGUCAUUGUGCGAUUUGUCUCGAGAGUCAUUGCACGAGCUGGCUUCUGGUGGGAUGAUUUCUUGGUGGUCGUGUCCUUGGCGCUCAGUUACGGCCCGUCAACGGCCAUGAUGAUCUCGGCGCGAUACAAUGGCUUUGGGAAACACCUGUGGGCACUGCCGGACCCAAAACAUAAUACGAGCCAAUUCCUGAAGAUCCUCUAUAUUUACAUCAUACUUUACUACGCUGCGGUUGUAUCUAUCAAACUCUGCAUUCUGACUUUUUAUCGACGUAUAUUUCCAGUGACUGAAAUUCGAAUUUGGCUAUAUAUUGGAUAUGGCGUGGUGGGAUCUUACGCCAUAGCAACUCUGUGCUCUGCCACCUUUCAGUGUCAACCAAUCCAUGGAUUUUGGGACAAGUCUAUCAGCUCGCAUUGCGUAUCCGGCGAUGAUAUUUUAGUGGUUCCCGGAUCUAUCAAUGCUGUUCUGGACGGCUUCAUUAUAGCGCUGCCUCUGCCCCUACUAUGGCGUCUCCGAACAACUCAUCGGCAAAAGGGUAUCCUAACUGGUAUAUUCGCCUGCGGUGGAUUCGUUUGCAUCAUCAGCAUCAUCCGCCUCACUGUCUUGUCCCGCUUGGAGGCUUAUGAUGUCACAUGGAACUAUGUGGACGCCGCAAUCUGGUCAGCGGCUGAACCCGCGAUGGGGGUUAUCGCUGCUUGCAUACCUUCCCUGCGUCCUUUGGCUGCCAUGAUAUGGAGAGGCACCCACCGCGCGCCGACCAUGAUGUCGAAGAGCUCCAAGAAGGCUCAAGCAACGACUAGCAGUGCAUCGUCAAGGAUGAUCUGGCCUGUGCGUGGGAACCAAGAAGAGACAAAUCCAGCCGGAGGCUUCACGCGAUUAGAGGAUCCAAGCUCUACCGUUGACAAAGACCGAUGGGGACGUGACGUAAAUGUUCAGGGUGGGAAGAAUGGAGGGACGACUGGCGGAGAGGAGAUCAGCCUGGAAGAAAUCAAUGGAUCGAAUACGGGCAUCCGGGUCAGGAACGAGAUUACUAUAAUAUCUGAAGCAUGGGAGUACAAAGAUCGGCUAUACUAG